AUGCGCACCUGGCUGCCCGCUGCGCUCGUCCUUGGGGCGCAGCUCCGAGCGCUGUGGCUGGCGGCAGCAGUGGAAGUUCACACUGCCAAGGAGGUGGUGGCCGUGAACGGGACCAACCAGCGGCUGAAAUGCACCUUCUCCAGCAGCAGCCCCGUGAGCCAGCAGCUGUCAGUGAGCUGGAACUUCCAGCCCGAGGACCUGAGCGCCCACGAGCCUGUGUUUUACUUCCUGAAGGAGCCCUACCAGCCCCCCUCGGGAAGGUUUAAGGACCGAGUCACCUGGGAUGGGAACAUUGAGCGCCACGACGUUUCCAUCAUGGUCUGGAACCUGAAGCCCAGUGACAACGGGACCUUCACCUGCCAGGUGACAAACUGGCCAGAUGUCUAUGGCACCAUCGGGGAGGUGCGGCUCCGGGUUGUGCAGAAAGUGAGCUUCUCAGAGAUCCAUUUCCUGGCCGUGGCCAUCGGCUCAGCCUCUGGGCUGAUGAUCAUCGUGGUGACAGCCGUGAUCAUCUGCCGGCAGCGCCGCAGGAAGGCGCGAGACAGGAGGACGGAGGCAGCGGACACCGAGCGUAAAGAAAAGGAGAGCCUGAAGAUGGGGGAAAAAAAGGAAUCCAUUCCAUUGGAAGAUUAA